CACAACGCUCCUCCCUUCUGUCAUUCGUCCAUGUCCGCCACCGCGGGGUCCGCAGUAGACCCGGUGCGCUCCUCAUCUACGCUCUGGGCGACGGGUCCGUAGUCAUCCCACUCAUCGCCCGCGCUUCUUCUGGCUGAGAGAAAAAAUGAUUUCUCGCAUAGCGAGCAAGGUAUGGGAAAUCCCAGCCAAACCAAAACCCGGACGCAAGCCCAAGAAAGACUCCAGUACCGCCGAGGACGAUGGACAGGAUGGAGAUGCGAAAUCGCGGCGGGGCCAGAAUAGGGCUGCUCAACGCGCAUUUCGCGAACGCAAGCAGACCCAGCUCGCUGAACUCCAGACCCGCAUACAACGGUACGAGCAAGGCGAAAUAGAGCGCAACGUGGCCCUGCAGAAGGUAGCCAAGCGACUCAAGGAAGAGAACGAGCAGCUCAAACAAGAGAACGUUGCUCUCAAGGCCGCCGUCGCUGCAUUGGAGGCUGACCGGAAGAGGAGGUCCGAUGGGGACCUACGCUUAACUCCCGCGAAGCGCGUACGAACGCUUGCGACUUCCGACCCGCAUCUCACUCCUGCCCAGGCGCCAUCUGCCGAGUUUUCGCUGCCAUCACCACUCUCCACAGCGCCGUCGCCGCCCGAACCUGAGCAGUCUUGUUCUCCCGCACCUCAGGAACAUGCCUCCUCGCCGUCACGCAGCUCAUCAUACGAUGGCUUUUUUGACUUGUCCCCAACCAAAGCGCGGCCCAACAGCCUCUCCGCUUAUCCUGGCGUUCCUCGUGUUGGAGGAAUACGACCCUCUACAACAGCCACUACAGGAUAUGGUAUUGAUCAGUUCGACUGUGGUUUCUGCGACGAGCAGACCCCAUGCGUUUGCCGAGAAAUCGCGCUUCAGUCUGCGCAGGCAGAUGAUCCCGUCGAUGAUAACACCGUCACCGCGCCUCAUCCACUGAAGUUGGAGCAAAUGGAUCAGUGGAUUGGUUCAUCGUUGGAGUCCAUUGAUGUUCCUGACUCUGUCCCCGCGAUUGCAACGCCUUCGGCGUCUCUCCUGGACAACAUCGACAAACUGCCCUUCCAGCCUGCUGUUCCGCUGCGAAGGCGUGUCCAGUCGACGAAGAGCGCGUACAAGAUCUUCCCCGUGUUCACUCUCUCAUCUUCCGCUAUCGGAGACACUAUCCGCUAUCCCAUCAAAGAAAGAGAAGGCUGUUCUGGUGAUCCGAGCAACUGUCCGGCGUGUGCGGACGACACUUUCGGCCGCGCAUUCUGCACGGCUAUACGCGACACUGUGGCCAACGCUCCGCGUUGCACGGCAUGUCCAGGAGAUUGUAGCGCCUCGAGCUCGUCGGCGACCUCCGAUUACGUCGGAGGCUCGCACCAAACGCCCGCUACCUCUAGCCACGCUCGCGAAAAUUCGGGCACUGCUUGCUGUGGAGACCUUUUGCAUUGCGGGCGCGACCCUGCCGCAUCGAGCUGGAGCUCCUCCGAUGAACCCGCAGCCUCAUCAGAGCGCACGAUACCGACAGAUUCGGCAUGGCGCACCCUCAAGCAGCACCCCAACGCGGCAUUUGCUGACUUGCGGUUGCUAGCAGAGGUAGUAGCCAGACGAAGCAAGUGCUCUGGUCCAGUCGUGGUCAUCGAUCCCCCAGCUGGGACAGGUACGCCCGAUAGGAUUGCGUCUCCUCCGCGAAGCUCUCUCAACAAGACGAUGCGAAGAGAAGAGAAGGAUGAUGACGGCCAACCGGUGCUGCUCACUGACCCGCACUCCCGCUCGGGCAGCGAACGGGAUGCUACACCCCCAAACUGUGCUGAAUCUCCCGUUCACUGUGGUAAACGACGGAUUCGAGAGGUCCCAUACGAUGCCGUGCGGGAUGCCAUACGCCUCCUGGAUGCCUCUUCCCCCAACCAUUGAGCGUACAGGUCAGGUAUCGUCUUCCAGCGAUCUAUUUGGGAAAACCAAGUUUGUAGCAUAUUGUAGACCAUUCCCAAACCUACUCUCUCGGUCAUCAGGUCAACUCUAGAUCGCUUCUUCAUGUAUGUUGAAUGCAUGGAUUGUAUCACCCGGAUCGCAAUACCGAGGUAUCUGUAGUACCGCGGAACGUCCGCGUUAAACUAUGCUGUUCUGCACGCUUCCAUCUUGUCAACAGGCGUUCCAAGCGCCAUCCAAGUACCCGUAGCUCCCUUGCUGUCAUAUCCCCAUCAACUACCGGGGGCUGAGUAGGCUCCUUACCCAAAGAACGAAAGCGCCGUGCCAGUGUCUUCAAGCUGGCGGUACGAAGCUCCUCCGGGAAUGGUGAGACCUGAGGCCAGAGCUCCACCAGAGUAGUGCGUGCCAUUGCGUAUGAGCCAACGACAAAGUACGCGCUCGAGACGGCGUCGAUCGCGCCCACGUCCGGCCUUAUCCCGUCAGAAACCAUUUCUUGAAACACUCGCAUCGCAAGAUCAGGUUUGCCUUGCCUAGCAUAACCGGCGAUGAGGAUGGUAUAAAGAACGACGUUGGGUUUGAUGCCGGCUUGAUGGGCGGCAUCUAACGUUGUUACUGCUGCGGUCAUAUUUCCUUUCCGAGCAUAUCCGUCCAUAAGAGCAGCAUAAUGAUGGGCCGUUGGGUGUAUCCCACGAGAGAGCAUGACAUUGAACAAUUGAGCAGCGCUGUCAGGUGAACCCUGAAUAACUGCGCGCUGCUGCAUCGCGAUAGCGAACAUGGCACGAUCUCCACGCACUCCGCGAUCAGACAAUGAUUGUGUCACCGGAGUCAGCUGUUUGCGAUGGCCGUAUUUGUUGGGCGCUUGAAUGCUCGCGAAUGGAUCAAGACUGCCUGAGACGCCCGCGAGCGCUGCAGGAUCAUAACGCGCAACGUCUCGUCGCUUCUUCGAGAAGCGCGCUGCUACGACGUCCCAGCCCCUCCCAUACACCGUCAUCUUCUCGCGCUUCUGAAUCGAGCGCAGAACAGUAUGCAAAUGCUGAGAUGUUGGGCGGAGUGUUUGCGAGGAAAUUUUCCGUAAAACGCCAAUGAUUUCCCUGGGACGGACGUUUUCCAUCUUCGCCAGGUAAGAGAGUAGGAUAUGUUCGGUCGUUUCAUCCGGCGAAAGCUGAUGCGCCCGCAUGAUCUUGAAAACGGCGGUGAAAGCCCGCAUACCAUGCGUUUUGGCGAGACCGUCGAGCAGGACGUUGAGCAAUUCCGUGGUGAGUUCGAGACCGGCGAUUUGGGGCACGGUUGCAGUGUCCGUGGGCGGUUGCGGAGCAAGUGCUCGCAAUGAUGCUAGGGUGUCUACAUCGCAGCUGCACAUGCUGGCAAUAAAAUGAAUAGCGGAAGCAAUGUGUCCGGUUGCUAGGUACGCGCGCAGAAGUGCCGCGGCCGUCUUGGUGUCAGGACGGAAGCCUGCGGCCUGCAUACGAGAGAAGACGCGUAGGGCUCGCGGCACAUCGCAUUCGCGUGCCAUGCAAUUGAUGAGCAUAGUGAAGGUAGCGGCGUCGGGUGGGACGUCCCCUUCGACGUUCGUUGAUGGAGGCCAUGCAUCGCGCGGCGUUCCAGGCCGUGGCUGAGUGUUCGAUGUGGGUCUCUGCGAGCGGCCGGUGUCUAUUUUGGAACGAUCGAACAAAGCAAGGACGCGCAUCGUGCCCAUCAUGUCGCGGGCGUCGAUAUACAGCUGCAUGAGGGAGUUCAGUAUCAUGGUGGCUGUCCGCUGCCCGAUCCCUUUCAGCACUUCGAACGAGCGCGCUUGGACAGCAUCGUCCGGACCGAGCGUCCGAUACGUGGCCACGACUAGUGCAUGCGUCGAGGCGUCUACGGGGAAACCAGAAUCCUCCAUCCAUCGGAGGCACUCCUUGGCCUUUUCGACAUUGGAAUUGCGCAGGUGGCCGGUCGCGACAAGAUGAUAUGUUCGUCGCCCAGGUUCGAGCUUUUCGCGUUCGAACUCUGGGAGGACGUCUUCCAGUAGCCUGUACCGCUUGUUCUCUACUAGAGCUCGCGCCCUCCAAUUGAGGAGACGGACAGUCGUUCGUCCGGUAUGACGUUUGCCGAGAUUGACGACAGGAGGAAUGAGAUUCCAUAAACCUCGUUGGGCGAGACAGUGGGUGACGCUCUCGUAAGUGCUUUGUGGCAACUGGUAUCCCAAUCGAUGGGCUAACGAUAGCACCCGCCGAGCCAUCUGCGGACGCGACGAUUUGGCUAUGAGGAUUGCCAGGUCUCGGGCUUGUUCGCGAUCGGAAAAUUGACGUGCAUUGAUGGAACUCGGGCCUCCUAGGUAGCGUAGUAUGGCGUCCUUGGAAAGUCGAUGAGGAGGAAUCUUGUCGAUAUUGUCGAGGAGCUCCUCCGGAACGCUGCUCUGGCUCGACAAAAGCGGGCUUUGCACACGAGACACGUUUCCGCCGGUUGCGAUGGCUGUGGCAUGUAGAGCCUUGGUGGAAAAUGACGCUCGCGAUGGCAAGUUGGAUGGGGCAUACAGGAAGUCGCAGGCAGUCCGUGUCGGGGUGAAGCGCAGGUGAGCAACCCUGUGGAGAUUCUGGCGCGGCGACAGAUGGGACUGUCUGCGAGGGACAUUGCAUUGUAGUCGAGACGAAACGACGUGAUGUAGACGUUGGCAUCCACGGCCCAGCCUUUCCAGCAUGGACUGCCAGCUUGAGCCCUACGGACAGCCUUGACUGUUCGUCAAUACCAUGCACCCGCCUUAUCGCACUCCGUAGCCCCCAGCGACGCAAGUC